AUGGCUGCACUAAGAUUCGUGAGAUCAGUGAGUGGCUGUCACACAACCAAAAAUGUACUGAUGCUGAUUUCACUACCUUUUGCUUAGGUUCUGAAGUCAUUUCAAGAAUCGUCGGGACUUGAGCCGAGGUACUGUUUUCUAUACAUUCUUUGGUUGUCACUUCUUAUAAUACAUCUCCGGAUCAGAGCCAUCACAAGUGUUUAGCCGUCUAUGAUUUUGAGCGAAGGACUUUCAGCUAGUGUCUGAAUCAAUCUAGGACAACUAGUUAAAGGUUGCUGCCCAUCGGACCUCCUCAACAUUAUGUAACAUUGUACUUCUCUGUACUAGAUAAAUCUAGAACGUUUCUUGCUGCUAUCGUCGUAGCAAACGGUUUUGCAAAAAUCCUGACUGACAUUCAACUGUAGACUUUUCGGUGAAAAUGUAAGGUGCAAUGGCAUAUUGUUAUUAAUUUGAAUAUCAUUGAAGUCUCUAAACUGACUUUGAAAAGCUUCGAGUCACAGGAGCAGAGCCAGGACGUGUGAACUUUGAGCUUGAUAUCAAGAAGGAGCAUACUGUAAGGAAGCUGUAUCAAUCAUGGUGCCCUCUUAUUCAUUUAUUCCAUAUAGAACCGUUUAAAUAUCAUUCAUGGAGGUACGAUUGCUAGCAUGGUGGACUUAGGUGGCUCACUAGCUGUUGCGUCAAGAGGUCUUUAUGCCACAGGUGUUUCUACUGAUUUGAAUGGUAAAUGUCCUAUGCCUGCAAUACAGUUCCAAUUCCGGUAUCUAAUCCAAGUCCAGUCACAUACCUCAAUUCUGGUGGUAAAGUUGGAGAUGUAUUGAAAGCGGUAGUAACUUGUGACAAAUGUGGGGUAUUUUUCACCAAUAUUACAAUUCGCAUCUCUAACAUAAGUUAGUCGGAAAGACGUUAGCGUAUACGUCUAUUCAGUUCACGAAUAGUAAGGGCGAAUUAGCAGCGCGAGGAAGUCACACAAAGUCGGUCUUCACUUCAAAUAUUUCGGGUCGUCAAACUAAACAAAUUCAUAACAGAUACGUUGCACUCGCGUGGAAGGAACCAAAAAAUAUAGUUGAGGAACUGUCACCUCGCCCUUAAGAUGCUCGCGUGUAUCAGCCUUAUAUGUACGAUGCGAUGCAUUCGCUCUAGACUUAAAGUCAUUUGUGUUCAAAUUAUCAUUGGCAAGUGUCUCUUAACGCAGAAUAUAAUCUUAAGCCCGACCCGAGUAUUUGGUCGCAGAAUUAUUGGUCAGCUUACCAGGGCAUUGGAGAUUUGUUCACAAUUGUGGCUUUCUUCGGAUUUGCCAGCAUAUGCAAUUUAUCAUGGGGAUGAUUCACUAUUUCCGCCAGGAUUUUUUAAUUGCUAGGUGAAUUUAUUGUGGUUGAUUGGUUAAUAGAAACUCAUUCAAAUACCUGGUGCAUGUUAUUUAUUGUUAGACGCCGCGAUAUUUGUCCAAGAACAAGCUGCCGGGUUCUUUUUCAUGGGUCAUGAGGACUGCAACAAGUAUUAAAAGAGCACGUUACACAGCUUGUAAUCCAGCUAAUGAUUGGAUGGACACUAUUUUAUGAGGAAUCACACUGAGUGUCACAAAGCAGAAUAUGAAAUUAC